AUGGUUGGUGCUGAGCUGGCCAACAUUAUCGAGGUUGCUGCUAUCAACAUGAUACGCGAUGAAAGAACAGAGGUGAAUGAUAAAGCAAAUUUAGUUGUGUGGUUUCCUUGUGGGUACAUCACUAGCUAUCUUGGUCUUGGUGCAAAACUUAUUUCUUCAAAACUCUUUCUUGAUGAGCUUCCUUUGUUGCUAACAAGAGGUGGUAUACUUCUUUGUGGCCCUCCUGGAGUGGGGAAGACAUUAUUAGCAAAAGCUGUUGCUGGUGAGGCAGGUGUAAACUUCUUCUCCAUAUCUGCAUCUCAGUUUGUCGAAAUAUAUGUGGGAGUUGGUGCUUCUCGUGUACGAGCGCUCUAUCAAGAAGCAAGGGACAAUGCUCCAUCUGUUGUUUUCAUCGAUGAACUGGAUGCUGUUGGAAGGGCACGUGGUUUGAUUAAGGGGUCUGGUGGGCAAGAACGUGAUGCUACUUUAAAUCAGCUUCUUGUAUGCCUGGAUGGGUUCGAAGGCAGAGGAGAAGUCAUUACCAUUGCUUCUACAAACAGGCCAGACAUUUUGGAUGCAGCACUUGUGAGACCAGGGAGGUUCGACCGGAAAAUACACAUACCCAAGCCUGGACUGAUUGGCCGUGUUGAAAUUCUGAAGGUUCAUGCUAGGAAGAAACCAAUGGCCCCUGAUGUGGAUUAUUUGGCUGUUGCGACUAUGACUGAUGGAAUGGUUGGUGCUGAGCUGGCCAACAUUAUCGAGGUUGCUGCUAUCAACAUGAUGCGCGAUGAAAGAACAGAGAUUACUACUGAUGAUUUGUUACAAGCUGCACAAAUAGAAGAAAGAGGCAUGCUUGACAAAAGAGAGAGAAGCCCCGAGAUCUGGAGGCAAGUAGCUAUAAAUGAAGCUGCAAUGGCCAUAGUUGCUGUCAAUUUCCCGGAUCUCAGAAAUAUCGAGUUUGUGACGAUUUCUCCAAGAGCUGGAAGAGAUUUAGGUUAUGUCCGCCUAAAGAUGGACCAUAUUAAAUUUAAGGAAGGAAUGUUGAGCCGGCAGUCUCUCUUGGAUCACAUCACUGUCCAACUUGCUCCACGUGCAGCAGACGAACUCUGGUAUGGGGAAAAUCAGUUGAGUACCAUCUGGGCGGAGACGGCCGAUAAUGCUCGAUCUGCUGCACGAACCUUAGUGCUUGGUGGUCUUUCCGAGAAGUAUUUUGGCUUGAACAGUUUCUGGACAGAAGAUAGAAUUGAUGAAAUUGAUUCAGAGGCGCUGCGAAUCCUUGACGUGCAAAAAACGGUACUAUGUGAAGAGAUUCACCAUUUCUUUCAUGUCUGUGGGAAAGAUAUUAAGACUUUGUUCAUGCAGAUUCUUGGGAGAAACCGUGAGCUUUUGGAUGCCGUUGUGGACAGGCUCGUGGAGAAGAAGAGCUUAACCAAGCAAGAAUUCUUCGACUUAGUUGAGCUUCAUGGAUCUGUACAAACUAUGCCGCCUACCAUACUUGACAUCAGAGCCGCCUCACGGUUACAGCUGCAAAAUAUUCUUUUAGACACCGAAGAAGCAGCAGCUCGUUCGAGCAUUGUUUCAACAUGAUAGUGACUUAGUGACUUAGUGACUUAACCAUAGUAGUACUCUUAUAAGACAUUUUCAAAAUUUUAAAAGUAUAAAUAUCAAAGCAAAUCUCAUUGGCGAA